AUGGAGAUUAGGGAUGACUACAAAUUCCUCAGAAUUGAAGACGCUUUCAAGGCAUUGCAUCUACAUAUCAACCUCAUAGGAGUCGUCGUCGAGUUGGGUUUCCUCACUGGCUCUGAUUUUUCGUGUACGUUGAAAAUCGUCGAUCCAUGGCAUUCGGGUUCUGGGCUUACUGUUAAGUUCAUCGCUCGCACCAGUCAAGCGCUUCCUCGUGUUGAAUCGAUUGGGGACAUAAUCUCGCUUUCACGAGUAAAGAUUGUGCUUGUGAACCGCAAGAUCACUGCUCUCUGCAAUGAAACAUCUUCGUCAUUUGCUGUGUUCAGUGGGAAACACGGAGAGGAUUUUACACCGUACCAGUCGUCGCCUAAAUUUCAGAUGAGAGAACAGGAUAAGAACUUCUUGACAAAUCUGAGAGAAUGGAUGAUAACUUACAGUUUCGAAGAUGGGUCAUGCUGUUUCACAUCUCUGAAAGAUGUCAAAGAAGGCGAAUAUUCAAACCUAUCCUCCAUGAUUGUUCACAUUUCCAAAGACGAAAAAGAUAGGUGGUACAUCUUUGUUUGGGAUGGAACUGAGAUGCCUCCGUGCAAUAUCAUGGUAAAGUCAGAAAGGCUUCCUUUAUGUGUCGAACCCGCGAUUCUGCCAUUACACGUGUUACGCAAAUUUCCUACUUUUGGUUCCGUUUUGAGGAUCUUAGUAGACAAAGUUAGUGAGAAGAAGGCGCUUCAUUCUCUUCAACCUGGUCAACAAGUGAAGUUUCUGAACCUUUUCUUUCAAGUAUAUAUGGGAUUAUGGAACGCAACUUUUAGUCCGUCUACAAAGUUGCAGUACACAAUGAGCACAGAGAUUGAAGCCUUUAGACCUCAAAGGAUGUGUGGAGAGAAGUUUUCAUUGCGAUGGAACCACAUCGCUCGUUGCGUUAGUCCUUCCCACUCAGGAAUCACAGGGGUUGCUCAUGAGGACGCUCCGUUCGUUACUCUGAUGGAUAUCUUGACCUAUCACAGUGUGACGGCGAAAUUCAGGUGUGUUGUUAGGUUCAUACAAGUGUAUCCCCAAGAUGUCAGAAAAUUCCGUGAUUCCAAUGGAAAGUUCAGAUUACUAGCGAUACUAGAAGAUGCAACCGCAAGAAUAUGCGUUUCUCUAUAUGCUGAUGAAGGGGAGAAGUUUUUUGGGUGCCACCAAACUGAUGAAGAGGCUAUGUUCCAGAAACUGAAUAGAUUGUUGGGAGGUGAUGAGAUGGAUCCAAUGCUACCAAGAAAUCCUCCAUGGGUGCAAUGUUGCUUGUUCUCAUUUUACAGAAACAAGAAGGAUCAAUGGGGAAGCAGAAGAUUCAGGAUUUUUGAUACAUGGAUCAACGCUUCAUGA